GUACAGUGUGAGACACCCUCCACCACGCACCUGCGUAUAAAGCAAGACAGCUGCAUUCCGCCCGCAUCCCGCGGCCCUUAAAGCACUCGAGUCGAGUCGAGGCGACUGUGAAUACACUCGUUAUGCUGCGCCCCGCUGUCUGGCUCCUCGCCGCCGCCGUCCUGCGCGCUGGCGGCCUCGCUACUGCUACUGCCAUUGCCCCGGCGCCUCGCAAUGCCACAUCAAAUGCCACAGCAAACGCCGGGUACGGACCGUCGGCGCAGCGCGCUCAGGCCGUGGUUGAUACGUUCCGAACGAGUUGGGCGGCGUACUACGAAUACGCGUUUCCGGAUGAUGAGUUGAGGCCUGUGACGAAUGGGUCGGGGAACUCGCGCAACGGCUGGGGCGCCUCCGCCGUCGACGCGCUCAGCACCGCGCUGCUCAUGCGCGAGCAACAAACCGUCGCCCAGAUCCUCGCGCACAUCCCCACCAUCGACUGGGCGCACACCAGCACCCCCGUCUCGCUGUUCGAAACCACGAUCCGGUACCUCGGCGGCCUGCUGUCGGGCUACGACCUCCUCUCGGGCCCCUUAUCACAUCUCGCCGACGACCCGGCCCUCGUCGCCGCGCUGCUCGACCAGUCAGUCCAUCUCGCCAACAACCUGAGCUUCGCGUUCGACACGCCCUCCGGCGUGCCGUACAACACGCUCAACCUGUCCGCGCGCACGCCCGUCCGCGAACCAAAUUCCCUGGCUACCACCGGCACGCUGAUCCUCGAGUGGACGCGGCUAUCGGACUUGACGCGCAACACGACGUACGCGGCGCUGGCCAACGCCGCGGAAGCGUUCUUGCUCGUCCCAUCCCCGCCCGAGGCGCAGCCCUGGCCGGGCCUGCUGGGGAUGUACAUCGAGCCCACGACCGGCGAGUUUCUGGACGCGUUUGGCGGGUGGGUCGGCGGCGCGGACAGCUUCUACGAGUACCUCCUCAAAACGUGGAUUUACGACCCGGAGCGCUUCGGGUUGUUGCGCGAGCGCUGGCAGGCCGCUGCGGACUCGAGCAUUGCGCAUCUGGCGUCGCAUCCGGAGUCGCGGCCCGAACUCACGUUCCUCGCGGUCUUCAACGGCACCCAGCGCCUCCUGCAGAGCCAGCACCUCGCGUGCUUCGCGGGCGGCAACUUCCUGCUCGGCGCGCAGACGCUGGGGGUCGAUGCGUACCGAGACUUCGGACUCGCGCUCGUCGACGGGUGCCACGCCACCUACAACGCAACGGCGACGCGCAUCGGCCCGGAGAGCUUCGGAUGGGACCCCGCCCUCGUGCCAGCAGGGCAGGAGCCGUUUUUCGCCCGCCACGGGUUCUACAUCCUCGACGCCUCGUACAAUCUCCGCCCGGAGGUCGUCGAGGGCUACUACUACGCGUGGCGCGCGACGGGCGACGAGCGGUACCGCGAGUGGGCGUGGGACGCGUUUGUGGCCAUCAACGGCACGGCGCGGGCGGGGAGCGCGUGGAGCAGUGUCAGGGACGUGGAUCAGGUGGGGGGAGGCGGGGCGACGGAUACGAUGGAGAGUUUCUGGUUUGCCGAGGUGCUGAAGUACUGCUAUUUGAUUUUCGCGGACGGCGACGACGAGUGGCAGGUUGGGGGCGGGGGGAGGGAUCGGUGGGUGUGGAAUACGGAGGGGCAUCCGCUGCGGGUGUAUGAGCGGGAGGGCGUGGGUGGUGUGGUGUAGGAUAGGGAGGUCUGCGUUCAUGGGCCGUAUGCGUUCAUAGGCCGUCUACGUUGAUAGGCUGUCUGCGUUCAUGGGUGCCUGCGUUUCACUGUCUGCGGUUUAGUCCUGCAAUGCGCUGUCGUACUUCUCGGGUAUAAUGCAUCGCUACUCAAAGAACCCGCCGUCGCUAUCUUCGUCCUCGGCCUCGGCCUCCCUUGCCGCCGCUCUUGCCUCUCGCCUGUUCUUCGGAAUCUCGAGCGGCGCGUACGUCUUUUUGGGCGGCGCAGGCGUGUCUUUCCCAGGCUUCGCCUUCUUCGCCUUGCUCUUCUUCGGCGGCGCGCCCGGAA